AUGUUUAAAUACAACAAUCGAACUGAAUUUGCAAUUAAAAUAAACAUGUCAUCGAAUGAACAAAACUAUCAUAUAGGACCACAAGCUGGUUCCAUUGGUCAAGCAGGUGGUGCAUUCAGUGAACGUGGUCGAGCAUCAGAAAAUGCUUAUUUUCAUGCUCAAGAAGCUGAACAAUUAGCUGCAUUAAAACAACAAAUGGAACAACAACACCAAACAGGAAAUCAAUCAAAAUAA